AUGGAUUGCUCCUCCACCCUCCACUCAUCAAACUCUGAUUUCUCCACAGAAUCAUCACUUGGGUCUCCGAAUCACUACCUCCCAUUCAACGAAAACGACCCGGAAGAGAUGCUCCUAUAUGGCAUGAUCGCAUCACAGCAGCAACAACAACAACAAGAAGGAGUUUAUAACACAUGCAGGGUGAUCAAGGAAGAGGAGGUGAAUUCGGAGGAGAAGAUGAAAAACACUAAGAAGAAGAAGAGCUACCGAGGCGUCCGGCGGAGGCCGUGGGGGAAGUUCGCGGCGGAGAUAAGGGACUCCACGAGGCACGGCAUGAGGGUGUGGCUUGGGACAUUUGAUAGCGCUGAAGCCGCAGCGUUAGCUUAUGAUCAAGCCGCGUUUUCCAUGAGGGGCUCUAAUGCAAUUCUCAACUUCCCUGUGGAGAAGGUGAAGGAGUCACUUAGGGACAUGAAUUGUUGUCUUGAGGGGUGUUCCCCUGUGGUGGCCUUGAAGAGAAGACACUCUUUGGGACGCAAAGUGGCUGCUAAAAAGAAGAAAGAGGACUAUGAUGUUAGGUUCGACAAUGUGGUUGUGUUGGAAGACUUGGGUAAAGAGUAUUUGGAACAAUUGUUGAUGUGCUCUGAUGAUACUACUAGUAGUUGUUGGUGA